AUGGGGGUGAAGCCUUCUGUAGGAGUCCGCAGCUACUGGGUGACCCCCGUGACCUGCCCCCUCGCCCCCGUCCCCCACACCCCAGGCCCCGUCCCCCACACCCCCACCAGGCCCCGUGACACCCCAGGCCCCCCAACCCCCCAUGCCCCGUACCCCACACCCCCACCAGGCCCCCCAACACCCCAGGCCCCGUCCCCCACACCCCCACCAGGCCCCGUGACACCCCAGGCCUGGCCCCAAUACCCCAGGCCCCCCAACACCCCAGGCACCGUCCCCCACACCCCCACCAGGCCCCGUGACACCCCUGACCCCAAUACCCCAGGCCCCCCAACACCCCUGGCACCGUCCCCCACACCCCCACCAGGCCCCGUGACACCCCUGGCCCCAUUACCCCAGGCCCCCCAACACCCCAGGCCCUGUCACAAACACCCCUACCAGGCCCCGUCCGAACACCCCACCAGGCCCCGUCCCCCGCCCCGUGCCCCGGCCCCGUAA